GUUUGAUUUGAGUAUCGGGAGUCCGGUCUUGUAAACUUUCUAUUCCAUGCGCAUUGACGUUUGUGAUGACGCACAACGAUUUAAAACAGGAACAAAAACAUCAUCUAAUAUAACAUAAAGAAUCCUAUAUUUAUGUCGUUUAAUCAAAUCAUCUUUAAUGUUUGAUAAUGCCAUUCAUAAUGCUCAGUGGGAAAGUAGGAAAGAACAAGAAAAAACCUCCACCACGGCCUCCACCCCCGGAUUUCAGCAAGUACAAAAGUAAGUCGUCCUUGUUCUUGAGUCAGCAAUCGGACAACCUGAUUGAUCUGGACAGUCCAGACUCUCCAAAAAACGAGAGGAAACGCAACAUCGGUGGAAGCGUGUCAAGCUCGUUUAGCAGCAGCACUAGCAGUCUUGCAUCAAGCAAAAAGAGUCUUGAUUAUGAUUUUCCUUUUCUGAACAAUAUAUGGCCAAUGACAUCAAGCACAACAAACACCUCAAGUGCGUCUUGCAGUCAAACACAAAGUAAAAGCAGCUUCUAUACAACUACAAAACAGGGUAUAAGUAAAAACAUUCCAUCUGGUCCUGGACCAACUAUCAUAAGGGUGCCUAAUAACAUAAAAGAGACUGUUUCAAACAACGAGAAGUUACCAAUGCCUGAUGUUCCACCUCCUAGUCCCCCAAAGGAAGUUGAUGAUGUAAAUAUUGCAUAUGGGAUAGCUCUAUAUGAGUACCAAGGAACUGAACCUUCAGAUCUAUCUUUUCAGGCAAACGAUGUUAUUGUGCUAAUAAGAAAAAUCAAUGAAGAGUGGUAUUAUGGGAAGGUUCUGGACAAGGAAGGAAUGUUCCCAGCAAACUUUAUUGAUGUCCAAGUACCUUUAGUUGAACAUAAUGAUACUGUGAUGGCUCUAUAUGAAUUUGAACCACAAAUGCCUGGUGACUUAGCUUUAAAGCCUGGCCAAAUGAUCAAGGUUCUGAAAAAAAUUGAUAAAGAUUGGCUAUAUGGGAGUUGCAAUGGAAACACUGGUCAAUUUCCAGCUAAUUUUGUUGAUAGGGUACUGGAUAUAUAAUUGGUCCAACAUAAAAUAUGUAACAUUAUUCAUCACAAUGAAUUAUACAAAAAUAUUUUGAUAUAAUAUUUACAUAUGACUCAAACUUGAAUAUUUGUGUUUAGAUUUCUUUUUUUAAAUGGAAAAUAAUGCUUUCCUAUGUCUUAUUCACAUAGCUCAGUGAUUUGGUUUUGACAUUUCCGAUUUUGGUAUAAACCAAACUUUCUUGUGCCGAAUUUUUGGUGGUCAUAUGAUAACCAUCAUUUGAGGUAUGUGUGUACAUACAUCAUAUUUUGCCAUAUCAACAUUUUAUUUUUAUCAUGGUAAAGGAAAAUUAAUCAUGACUAAAUUGUUAGUCUAAGAUCAUACAAAUGUAGCAAGCAGGCUUAUUUUUGUGAUUUGAAAAUUUUAGAAUUGUCAAGAAAUUUUGAUAAACGAUUAUGAUAAAUGCACAGUAUUUUGUAAAUAUCGACACAUUUUUUAUAACUUAUAUGCAGGGUAUUAUGAAUCUUUGAAAUAUUUUCGAAAGGUUUUCCAGAGUACAACGAACCAUGAUGCUAUAUCCCAGUUCUGUUGUUAAGAGAUGAAAUUAAUUACUGUACAUUUGUAGUAGCUUUUGAGUUAUAUAUAACAACGCAUGAAAAACCAAAACUUAUGUUAUGAUCUAUGAUUGUUUACCCCAAAACCUUUCAAUAAAGUUUUAUUACAAAGUUA